GGACCCGUGGGGCCUAAAGGACCUAUUGGUCCUUUGGGACCUAUUGGAUCACCAGGUGACACGGGUUCAUCAGGACCUAGUGGAUUCCAAGGACCUGCAGGACCUAUUGGACAGCCUGGACCUCUUGGUGCUCCAGGUCCAGCAGGAUUGCCUGGACCAUUGGGUCCUUACGGGCCAAGAGGUGAUAUAGGAUAUCCUGGAGCAACGGGCGCUCCUGGACCAGCGGGACCUUCAGGACCAUCAGGAGAUAGAGGACCACCAGGUGAUCCCGGAGCCAGUGGAUCUGUUGGACCAGUUGGUAAUACUGGCCCGGCUGGAUUUACUGGCUAUGCAGGACAAAUGGGUCUUCCAGGACCUCCCGGACCUGUUGGAAACACUGGAUUUGUUGGAUCAAUCGGCCAGCAAGGUCAACAAGGCCAACAAGGUCCUUCUGGACCACCCGGACCACCUGGAGCUAUUGGAAAUCCUGGAGAACGUGGACCAAGUGGACCAUCAGGACCGCCUGGUUAA